UUAUUUUUUAUUUGUUUCCGUGAAACGACGACGUUUGAGUUUUCAAUGUCUUCUUCUUCUUCCUCGGAGAACUGCACAAGCUCGAGUUUACUUAUUAAUCUUUCGGUCGAAUCUGAAAACAGAAGAGCUUCUCAAUUUUCCCGAAUUGUUGUUACCCUUGUUCCAAUUUCACGACUUCCAAAAAUCUUCUGGGUUCGUCGCAGCAUCACUCACACUGUUUUAUAGAGACUGUUGAAGAUGAGAAACAGUUGUGUGAAAUUGGAACUUGUUUAGGAGGAAAGUGUGCUCAGCUCAGUUAGUUAGAGAAAUAUGGAUAUUCAUUUGGUUGAAGAGAUGGGAGAUGAUGGAGAUGCUGAACCUAAUAACAUGGAGAACUCGUUAGGAGUUCAAGAUGAGAUUGGGAUUGCAGAGCCGUGUGUUGGCAUGGAGUUUAGUUCAGAAAAAGAAGCUAAGUCUUUCUAUGACGAGUAUUCAAGGCAGCUUGGUUUCACUUCCAAGUCCCUUCCGAGAACUGAUGGGUCUGUUAGUGUUCGUGAAUUCGUAUGUAGUAGCAAAAGGUCGAAGAGAAGGCUUGCGGAGAGCUGUGAUGCAAUGGUUAGGAUAGAAAUGAAAGGUCAUGAUAAAUGGGUUGUGGCAAAGUUUGUUAAAGAGCAUACUCAUGGAUUGGCAAGUCCUAAUACGCUUCAUUGUCUUCGCCCUCGUAGGCAUUUUGCUAAUUCGGAAAAAUCUAGUUUUCAACAAGGGGUGAAUAAUGUGCCUAGUGGUAUGAUGUAUGUUUCUAUGGAUGGUAACCGUGUUCCCUUAGAAUCUAGUAAUAGCAGAAGUGCGUCGUCUAAGGAUUCGAAAAAUUAUGGAACUAACACGAAGAGGACUAUUGGACGGGAUGCACAUAAUCUGUUGGAGUAUUUUAAGAGGAUGCAGGCAGAGAAUCCUGGCUUUUUCUAUGCGGUUCAGCUUGAUGAAGAUAAUCAGAUGACAAAUGUAUUUUGGGCAGAUUCGAGAUCUAGGUUUGCUUAUACUCAUUUUGGUGACGCAGUCACCUUGGAUACGAGAUACAGGUGCAAUCAGUUUCGUGUUCCUUUUGCCCCGUUUACUGGGGUGAAUCAUCAUGGUCAGACUAUCAUAUUUGGCUGUGCACUUAUUUUGGACGAGUCUGAUACUUCAUUUAUCUGGCUAUUUAAGACUUUUCUUACAGCAAUGAGAGACCAACCCCCCGUCUCUUUGGUAACUGAUCAAGAUAGAGCCAUACAGAUUGCUGUUGCUCAGGUAUUUCCAGGUGCUCGUCACUGUAUUAAUAAGUGGGAUGUGCUAAGAGAAGGUCAGGAAAAGCUGGCUCAUGUGUGUCUUGCGUAUCCCAGUUUUCAGGUGGAGCUAUAUAACUGUAUCAACUUCACUGAAACCAUUGAGGAGUUUGAAUCGUCUUGGAGUUCCAUCAUUGAAAAGUAUGACUUAGGAAGACAUGAAUGGCUUACUUCUUUAUAUAAUGCACGAGCUCAGUGGGUACCUGUUUAUUUCCGGGAUUCUUUUUUUGCUGCAGUGUUUCCUAGCCAAGGUUAUUCAGGUUCCUUUUUCGAUGGAUAUGUGAAUCAGCAGACAACCCUUCCGAUGUUCUUUAGGCUGUACGAAAGGGCUAUGGAGAACUGGUUUGAGAUGGAGACUGAAGCUGAUCUUGACACUGUCAACACGCCUCCAGUCUUGAAGACGCCAUCACCCAUGGAGAACCAGGCUGCAAAUCUUUUCACAAGAAAAAUUUUUGGAAAGUUCCAGGAAGAGUUGGUUGAAACAUUCGCUCACACUGCAAAUAGAAUUGAAGAUGAUGGUACCACCAGCACAUUUAGGGUUGCAAAGUUUGAAGAUGACAACAAAGCUUAUAUAGUGACGUUUUGCUACCCUGAAAUGAGAGCAAACUGUAGCUGUCAAAUGUUUGAGCACUGCGGCAUACUCUGCCGACAUGUUUUGACAGUGUUUACUGUCACAAAUAUACCUACUUUGCCACCACAUUAUAUUUUGAGACGAUGGACAAGAAACGCCAAGAGCAUGGGAGAGUUGGAUGAGCAUGUCAGUGAAAAUGGACAUGAUAGCUUGAUACACCGCUAUAAUCAUCUAUGUCGCGAGGCCAUCAAGUAUGCUGAGGGAGGGGCAGUUACAGCUGAAGCUUAUAAUAUUGCUUUAGGGGCACUCAGAGAGGGUGGGAAGAAGGUUUCAGUUGUCAGAAAAAAUAUAGGUAGAGCUAUACCUCCUAGCGCACAUGGUAGUGGUGGCAAGACCUCACUAUCAGCUGCUGACACAACCCCUUUACUGUGGCCACGCCAGGAUGAAAUGAUACGCAGAUUUAACCUUAAUGAUGGUGGGGCCAGAGCUCAAUCUGUUGCUGAUCUGAAUCUGCCGCGUAUGGCACCAGUGUCGCUUCACCAAGACGAUGGUGCUCCUGAGAAUAUGGUAGCUCUUCCUUGUCUUAAAUCAAUGACUUGGGUGAUGGAGAGUAAAAAUACAAUGCCGGGUGGUAGAGUUGCUGUUAUCAAUUUAAAGUUGCACGAUUACAGAAAGUUUCCCUCAGCGGAUAUGGAGGUCAAAUUUCAGCUGUCUAGCGUCACACUUGAACCCAUGUUAAGUUCCAUGGCUUACAUUAGCAAGCAACUCUCAUCUCCAGCCAAUAGAGUAGCUGUCAUCAAUUUGAAGCUUCAAGAUACUGAGACAACAACUGGAGAAUCAGAGGUCAAAUUCCAGGUGUCCCGUGAUACACUAGGUGCCAUGUUGAGAUCGAUGGCCUAUAUCCGUGAGCAGCUUUCUAUCGUUGGAGAGCUACAGACAGAACCUCAAGCAAAGAAGCAACGCAAGUGAUGUUGAGAGAGAGAGAAACAACCACGAGAAAAGAAUACUUCUUAUAACUUGAGGAACAUAUUUGUUAACCUCAUUAGGGUUUCAUCUGUACUAUCUCUGUGAUUGAUGUUGUUAGAAAAGUCAUACAAUAUCAUGUGUAACAUAUGUAAAAGUGUCAUUAGCAAGAGUGUUAGAGGUGCGCACUGAGUCAUGAUUCAAGCCAUGCUUUUAAGUGUAUAUAUCCUUUUUCAGAUAUUGAACCGUCCUUAGCUUA